AUGGCGACUACAACUAGUGUUAUCGCGACCAAGGAAGCGAGCAAUGUGGCCGCAGACUCGGGCCACUACACGAUUGUUCGUAAAACGACAAAUCUCGACCGCAUGUUCUACGUCUACCACCGCCUCGGGAUCCAAUCCAACGUUCUAGUCGCAGCUCGCUACGCCUCAGCCCAACCGGGCAAGCAGCGUCUCAUCCUCUCCGACGACGCAGUCUUCUCAGCUCUCCACGCCGUCGUCACCAAGUUUCCAGAGCUUGGUCUCGUUGGAGUCGUAGAGCCCGCCGCCGAGGAGGGCAAGCACCUCCUGUCUCUCGCGACACUGAACGAGGUUAACCUCGAUCGCUGCGUCGAGUUCAUCGACGACGAGACAACUCAAGUCAACGCCGAGUUCCUGGAAAACCUCCACGGAAAAUGGCACUGGGCUGAUGGUGCAGUCGAGGCCGGCGUACCCUGGUGGAAAGUCAUCGUCGUCGGACGCCGAGACGUCGUCUUCGUCUACCACCACCUCGUCUGCGACGGCGCGUUCGGCAUGACAUUCCAUCGCGAGCUUCUGGAUGCUCUCAACGCAUCAGCCGUUUCCGACACGGGCUCCGCGUCCUCGCGCAUCAUCGAGCUCGAUCCCGACAGGGUACGUUUGAGCAUGGCCCUCGAAAACGUCAUCCACAAGAAACCAGCGGUCCUGGGCGUUAUCUACAACCUCCUCGUCUUCCUCUUCUACAGGUUCUUUUACGCCAAGAAACUCUUCUUCGUCAACUUCCCCAAGCCGAAGGAGCUUCUCAAGGACCCGAUGGCCGUCGCUGGGCCCGCGGAUCGUACCGUCACAAAGGUAAUGACUCACCGCAUCCCGUCUGACAAGAUGGACGCCAUCAUCAAAGCGUGCCGCGCGCAUGACACAACCUUCACGCCAUUCCUGGCUGUUGUCGUCGCUGGCACCCUCGCAGCAGACUUCUAUCCUCACGCAGAAGUCGGAUUUACCCGGUACGCCGUGGAUAUGCGCGCCACGGGCUGCUUCGACACGGCCUCCCCGGACGAAGGCAAACUGCUCAACUUGGCUGCAAGUCUCCCUGAGCCGGAGAAAUUGAGAAAGUACCGCCAGGCCUUCUCGGCAUCGUCCUCCGUGGGCGACAAGCAAAAGGGACUUGCGGCAAACGUGGACUCAAAAGCCGCCUGGGACCUCGUCCGAGACUACGGAAGGCGAAUGGUGGAAUCACGAAGCGGCGGGGACGAGUCUCACCUUUACAAGGCCUGGAUCAGCGGCAAUGCUCUGGGACCAAGUCUCGAGGAGUUCGCGGAGAAGUUGCCGUCGAUGGGACUCUUCAUGCAGAACAGCUUUUCGGUCUCCAAUUUUUCAGCCGGCCCGGUACAAGGUGCCGUCGGUUACCAUGGUAUUGUGUUCAAUGUGGCGGGAGUUGCGGGCGGUGAUACUGUCAUUAAUGCUUGCACUGAAGGAGGGAUGGCGCCGGAAGGAAUGGUUGAAGCGGUGUUGGAUGGUGCUAUGGCUAGAGUCAAUGCAUUGUUGCAGGAAGAGAGUGCUCCAAAGGCUGGCAAUGACCGCAAGGGGUUUUGGCAUGCCUUUGGUUGA